CUUUAAUUUGAAUGGUGACACACUAGGGUUUUAUCAACAGACUUAGAACCACCUUGUACAGCAUAAUACAAAGUAAAACGUUGUCGGUGAGGAGGGGGCGGUACAAAACACUUGUGAUAGUAUACCAUAAGGGCGAUCAAAUCCAAUGUGGUUGCAUUCCAUGACUCUUACAUGCAGUUCAUUUCCCCUUGCAGGACUCCAGUUCCAAUCAAGAACAAUUCCCUCGAACUUUUUGCAAAGGAGCUGGUGAGGGUUUCUGGUGGUCGGUCAUUACCUUUUCAACAGUCGGAUAUGGUGACCGUUGUCCCAAGUCCAUACCAGCAAAGGUAUUUGCGGUGGUCUGGUUUCUGAUUGGACUCGUGAUUUUCUCGCUUUUCAUUGGCUCAUUGACAGCAGUACUUACCGUUACAAUCGUUUCAAUGGAUUUAUACGGUGCGAGCGCCACCAGCUCUAGCGACGGCAAGAUUGCGGUAGUUGCGAACUCUUCUGAACAUCAGAUGGUGGUUAAGAAAUUCCGAAACAAGAUAAAUAUCGGAUCUACGUUUCCGGAUGUAAACUCGAUGGUGGAAGCUUUACAAAGCGGUAACAUAUCUUCAGUGUUACUGGAGAUGUACGUUCCUGUCAAGAGAAAAGAUCUGUUUAACAACUCCUGGUUUGUGGUCAAGCAACUUCUAGAGGCAGAAAUAACUCAUGGAGUUCUACUCCAAGGGGCGGGGGUCUCAAAAUUGGCGAAAGAGAUGAAGAAUUUAAUAGCGACGAACAACAUUCAGACAAAAUAUUUAGCACAGCAAAACGACGUCGUGGAUCAAUCUGAGGUUGACUCGUCGUCUGUGGUUUUCUUUGAACCAAGUAGUCCUUACUUCCUCAACACCAUGGUCAUCAGUAUCGCGCUCUUGUUCUUUGCCGUGUUAUGUGGCCUGUUUUAUCAAUCCAUCUGUUACAAACGGCUGUGUAGGAAACCUGGUACCCAAGGAACAUGCAGAUGUGGCAUCAUGAAGAGGGAUAUCACAGAAUCAGUGGAGAAGUUCUAUCACGACUUUUCUAAAACAUAUCAUCGACUGCGUGAGAAAUACAAUAUAAAACCUGCUAACCAUGUCACAACAACAGACACGUGUACAGAAAAAGCCGUGAGGAAAACAUUGACUUACACGCCAUAGCAAAGCUAAGGAUCGAGAAAAUGUUGAAUUUUCACUCAGCACAGAAGGAAAAACUUGAUCUCUCAUGAGAUUAGUUAGCACGUGAAAGGCCACAGCAGUUGUUAGAAACAAUCGUGGAAAGGCGCGGGGUUUUAAAUCUUCAAGUGCCAACCAUGCUCUUGCAUUAGUGUCUUUGACCAAUCAGUAAAUGUAGAUAUAUAUAUAAGGAAAGACCGUUGCAUAAUUAAGCAAUGGAGCACUUUUUCCGUGUUUACAUAGCCUCAUCUAAACUCGAGGGGGGCUGGGAGAAUUCGAGACAGUUGUGCAAACUCGAGACGCAGUCGAGGCUUUGCGUAACUUUCGAGAAUUUUCCCAUCCCCACGAGUGUUUAGAAAAGGCUAUGUAAACACGGAAAAAAGUACUCUAAUACUUUAAUAAAAUAUUUCUCAAAAAUACGCGCGAAUAUAAAACGUCACAUCUAUUUUUACAUACUUUCAUCUAAUCGCACCUAUCGACCGAUGAGAGCGCGCGUAGUAUCCCAGGUAUCUUAUGAUGCCCCAUGUUGGUCUUUGUUCCUUGGCCAGAUGGUGAAAAUGUCGUAGAAGUAAUAGAACAAUAAUAUCAAAAAGAUUCGUUUUUCGCAUAGAAGCAAAUCUAUCGUAGACCACUUUAUCCACAUUGGUAACUCUGGCAGUCCGGAAUCAGCAAGAAAUAUUUGUAUACACUAGCAUCACUACUUUUUCAUUUAAACUGCAAAUCAACUGAAGAAGUUAGUUAGACCUCUUGUCUGGUAUCUUUCAAUUGUUACACUCCUGGGAGAGCUUUUCGAAUUUCUCUAUCUCUGUUUGAAAUUUUCAACAUGUGCAAUUUAGCCGAUCACUGAUCGCUGCUGCUUACAGCUUUGAUGUGUGUUAUCCUUUGAAAACUCUACAUUUCAAAUACGUGUAUGUACAAAACGCCGUUGAUGAAGACUUCUCAUGGUGGGAUACGUAAAUCCAGGUAAAAGCACCAAUACUAAAAUAGAAGAAAGAAUAGAUUUUCAGCGAGACCCCACAAGUCUGAACAAUCUUCCCAAGUGCUUCAAUGCCAACUUUUUGUCUUUUCAGUCGUAUUAAUAACGGCCCUUUUCACGGCUAGCUUUUCUAAUUUGCAUUACAAUUUAAUCCAAAGCGGUUGCGAGGCAAUUUCGGGCAAAAAAGUGCAAAAUUACUCGAAAUUGCCUCGCAUACAUGUUGAAUUAUUUUGUAAUGCAAAUGAGAAAAGCUCACCGUGAAAAGGGUUAGCACGAUCUUUCAAAGCCGCUAAAAGCACAGAAGGCUCAGGAUCCUAUCAAGGUCCCAACAAACAGGAGGCGCCGGAAUGGAGCUUUAGCGUUUUUGGAAGGGAAACGUCCAACCUGCGUUGUAAGUCACAUUUGUACCAAGAAUCAACAAUAUUAACAUCUAGUUAUUAAUAUUAUUAUUUCCCCUCUGUUCUGUUAACUAAUGACAAACAAGUGGCAGAAAGUAGUUGCUUUCUGAGACCUAGCUAUUCUAGUCCGUUUCUCAAAUUCAAUAAGCUUGUUUUGUAAUAUACAUUGAGAAAUACAAAUAGCUG